CUUGAACAACGUCUUAGUCUUUUGCGAACUUUAAGUAAAGGUUGGUCAGAUGGAAAGGUAAUGGUACUUAACGAACUUAUUGAAGAAGAUGAUUUAGUAACGUGUGAACAAAUAUCUAAACAAACAGGAAUAUCAUCUCAUACAUCAAUAGCAGCAACAUUAGUUUUUUCUGAUGUUAAUUUAACAACAUUUUCUGCAGUCGGAACAGUUAAUUCAACUUGUUUACCUGUUAGUGUUGAUGUAUCAACCUUACAAGCUGGUAUUUGUUCAACAAGUUCUUCUACUACAGUUAGUGCAUCUAAAAACGUUGCUAGCACAUAUUCAAUAAAUUCAUUGGAAUGUGCAGCACACGUAAACGAUGAAGUCACUUUAAUAGUUCCAAAAGUACUCAAUAAAGAAAGUAUAUCAGUGUCACAGAUAGGUGCACAAUAUGAAAUUAUAAAUAACAAAUUUUUAUCAGAGCAAGCUGAAAUUGCAGAAAAAGAACCAUAUCAGCAAGAAGAGUUGACAUCUGGGAAGAGUGAUGCAGGUGCAGAUUCUUACUUGGCACAGAUUCACGUGCCUAAACGUGUCAAACACUGUGGGCGUCCUAAAGGUUCUACUUUAACUACUAUUGGUCUACCUAAAAAACGACAAUGUCAGUUGCAUGAAGGGCUAGUACCUUUUUUAAAACUUCAUCCGUCUAAAAGACAUGCUAUGAUGCUGGGUUGGUUUUUGAAACCAGAUGAUGUCCAGAAAGCUCUUUCUGGCAUUCUUAUACAGAGUAGUUGUAUAGAAAAAAGAGUGAAUUGUAUUUCUUCAGCUAUUCUUGAUGAAAGUGCUCUAGGAUCUCUUUUGUCUCUGCAAUCAUAUUUUACUGCAGAUGGAUGGAAAGUGCUCAAUGAAAUAAUUGAUGUCAAGUGUCAGCAACGAAUUUGGCCUUGUGCUUUGUGCCAAAAAAGCACUUCCGUGGGCAAUGACAUUGGGGGCUCAAUAGCAUGUGAUUCCUGCCUUUUGUGGUUUCACAAAAAAUGUGUUGGCAAGAAAGAGGGUUGGUUUAUAAAAUCAAAAUACUGGUUUUGUCGUUUUUGUUCAACUGUUUGAUUGGAAAUUAUACAUGCCUUUGUUUUAUUUGGUAUUAAAUGGUUUACUUUAUUGUUGUAUUUUGUGUCUGACACAUUUUAAUAUUUUUACAAACAUUUUUACAAAUAUUUAAAUAGCAAAACUUCU